AUGGACAUAUAUCUCUAUAAGAUCGUGGACAAGGAUGACUCGUCCUACUUGAUACGUAAGCCACAUGCAACCACCAACGAUGACUACAUCGCCAUAUCGCACGUCUGGGGCAAGCCUGAAACUAUCAGCCAUAUAUUUGUCGCUGGAGUCGGUGAGGUAUCUCUCAGCCCGGGCAAGAAAGAUAUCCUAUCUAUUCUGCGACGACCAGAUAUAUGUGGAGAAGGUUGGUUCUGGAUGGAUUUGUUAUGUAUAGACCAGUCUCCAAAUGCUACCAUAAGCAUUUCAGACCAGCUCUUGGCAAUACCGCAUAUCUACAAGUCCAGUCGAUGUGUCAAGGUCCUUAUAGAAACCCCAAUCUGUAGGACCUGGCAUGACACUGCUACAAGAUCGGACGCGUUCAAAAAUUGGUGCUCAGCAACUUGGAAAAUGGAUGAGGAGUAUGCCAUGGAGAAAGUGAAAGAGUUCAUGGAGUGGGAAUCGAUGCAUGCCCGUAAAUGCCCCUGCAUGCUUUACCAUGACGCUUGGUUCGAUAGGCUCUGGACUAGACAAGAAGGUCUGUACGCUGCGAAGCUGGACUUUAUCGCACUGAACAUGGUCGAUUGCCUGAGAUACGAUACAUCUCAAAGUAAUGACCGCAAGUGGGUCGCCGAAGGUGACAAUCGCUUGAGAAGAGAAAUGGUGUUCACUUUUAUUGCCGACAAGCUGAAGUACCAUGGGGCUCCUCCACGAGAAGGGUAUCGCACAGCAGCCUUUUUCAAGAUGGUCUACGCACGCAACUUAAGGAUUGACCAUUUUGAAGGGCAGAUCGGCCCAGUGGACGGCUACUCUCCAAUCGAUGAAGCAUGGAGAAGUAAUCGAAUCACCACCAAAUCGCGCGAUUACGUUCUCGCCAUAUUUCCCGACAUCAAGGGUUAUAAAGUUCCCUCCAACGUCCGGGCCUACAAAUUUCGAGAGCUGUUGCUGGAUGCAAUCAAUCAACUCGGAGGGCAAGGGCCACCAGUCGCACUGAAAGUCCUUGAUACGCUUAUGAAUCCUGGAGGGACUGAACAGGAGGAACUAUUCCAUUCAUCCUGGAGCAGCCGGACAGUGCUAGUGAAGCAUUCGAUACUUUUACGACCCUUGAUAGCGGGCCUCGCGAUGCCACGACCACAAAAUAUGCAAUCAAAGGCCACCCUGAAAUCGUCCCGAUAUCCAAUUCUUUGA